AUGCGUACCUCAAUCAAAGCAAACGUGCUUGCCUUGUUCUUGUUUUAUCUUCUAUCACCUACUGUAUUUUCGGUCUCCCAUGACGGAUUGAUUCGAAUUGGACUUAAAAAGAGGAAGGUGGACCGAAUCGACCAACUUCGUGGACGUCGUGCGUUAAUCGAAGGAAAUGCUCGAAAAGAUUUCGGCUUCCGUGGUACGGUUAGGGACUCGGGCAGUGCCGUUGUUGCACUAACGAACGAUAGGGAUACUUCGUAUUAUGGUGAGAUUGGUAUCGGAACUCCACCUCAGAAGUUCACAGUGAUUUUCGAUACCGGAAGUUCUGUUCUAUGGGUGCCUUCUUCAAAGUGCUACAAUUCAAAAGCUUGUCGUGCGCACUCAAUGUAUGAGUCGAGCGGUUCAAGUACCUACAAGGAAAAUGGGACAUUUGGCGCUAUUAUAUAUGGAACCGGAUCAAUCACUGGUUUUUUUAGCCAAGACUCUGUCACGAUCGGUGAUCUUGUUGUUAAAGAGCAGGAUUUUAUAGAGGCAACCGAUGAGACCGACAAUGUUUUCUUGCAUAGGUUGUUUGACGGUAUACUCGGCCUUUCGUUUCAAACGAUCUCCGUUCCUGUCUGGUACAACAUGCUUAAUCAAGGUCUUGUUAAAGAACGGAGGUUUUCCUUUUGGUUGAAUSGCAAUGUUGAUGAGGAAGAAGGUGGCGAACUCGUGUUUGGUGGGCUUGACCCUAAUCAUUUUAGGGGUGACCACACUUAUGUCCCUGUGACUUAUCAGUACUAUUGGCAGGACACUUUUAUAGAGGUUUCCAUUUCAGGAUUUUGCGCCCCUGGUUGUCAAGCAUAUGCAGACUCUGGAACCUCUUUGUUGGCGGGUCCAACGGCUAUUGUUACUCAAAUCAAUCAUGCAAUUGGCGCUAACGGGGUCAUGAACCAGCAAUGCAAGACAGUGGUUAGUCGUUAUGGAAGGGAUAUAAUUGAGAUGCUCCGAUCUAAGAUACAACCUGAUAAAAUCUGUUCGCACAUGAAGUUAUGCACUUUAGAUUGCAACACUCUUUCCUCCAUGCCCAAUGUUUCCUUUACAAUUGGUGGCAAAAAAUUUGGGCUCACCCCAGAGCAGUACAUCUUGAAAGUCGGUAAGGGAGAAGCAACACAAUGCAUCAGUGGAUUCACUGCGAUGGAUGCAACUCUUCUUGGACCUCUGUGGAUCCUCGGAGAUGUUUUCAUGCGUCCAUAUCACACAGUGUUUGAUUAUGGCAAUUUACUAGUUGGAUUUGCAGAAGCAGCUUGA